AUGUUCCGUUUGUCCUGUCGCCUCCUCACCUCCGCUCACCGCUCACUCUUCCGCGACGAGAAAGGAGCUCGAUUUUUGGAGGAGGUGACCAAUCGUCUCGCGCAAUCAAAGGGAGGAACGUUAGAGGCGAGCUCUCAGCUGAUCUCCUACUGGCAAAAUGUCGAGGAAGAGGCCAACAAGUUCAAGGAAUCGUCCAAAGAGGUCGAGCAGCUCAAGCAGUUGAUAGAUGAAACCACUGAUGCCGAAUUCAAGAAAUUGGCAGAAGAGGAUUAUCGGGCGGCAGAAGAAACAGCAGAUGAAUCCGCUGAACGGCUUGCCGAAGUUGUCGUGCCGAAAACGGAAAUGGACAUGCUGAAGAAGUGCCAGCUCGAAUUUACUGCUGGCGUCGGCGGGAAAGAGGCGAUGCUUUUCGCGAGCGACCUGCUCGACAUGUACAAAAAUUACGCGGCGUGGCGAGGGUGGAAAUGGACGCCAUUUCAGCUCGAAGACAUCUCGAUCGGCGGCAUCCGCAGCGCCGUCAUAUCCGUGGAGGGCGAUGGCUGUUUUUCGGCGUUACGAUUCGAGGCCGGUGUCCAUCGCGUGCAACGAUUCCCUCUCACCGACCAAUCCCGAAUGCAUACAUCAACGGCUUCAGUGGCCGUGUUGCCGGAACCGGAUGAGGUCUCCUUCAUCCUCCCCCCAGAAUCCGUUACGAUAGACGCGAUGCGCGCUUCCGGGCCGGGCGGGCAAAAUGUGAAUAAGAGGUCCACAGCAGUCCGCAUGGUGCAUAAGGAAACUGGAAUUGCCGUCCACAUUAUGCAGGAGCGCUUCCAGCAUAUGAAUAUCCAGAUUGCCUACAAACGCCUCGCCGCCAUUUUGCUGCAAAAGAAGUACGACUCGGCGGACGAGAAAAAUACCUCGGCGAGGAAAUUACAGAUGGGCUCUCGAGCCAGGGCCGAGAAAAUCCGGACCUACAACUUCAAGGACGAUCGGAUCACGGACCACCGGAUACACUUGAAUAUGAGUAAUGCUGAGGAAUUUCUACGCGGCACCGACCACCUCGACUCGCUCAUCCAACGACUGGCCGACUUGGACAAGGAGGAGCGGCUGAGGCUGAUUUUGGAGAAUUGCAUUGUAGAA